AUGAUGUUUCCGGUCCGUGCGGCCCUCAUCUCCGCCCUCCCCGCCUUCUUGAGCAGGAGAACUGCCAAUUUCUCAGCUCUCCAGCGCCGGCUGCCGCCUCUCCUUGGCCCCGCGGGCCGCGCCGCCCUCUCCACUCUACCGUCGUCGUCGCCCGCUCCCACCGCCACCGCCGCAGCUGCCGCCGAUUCCUCCUCGCAGAAGCCGGCCGUGGCGCCACCUCAGGCGCAGAUAACGACGACGGCGUCGAGUGUCACCCCGGAGACGGUGCGGGGGAGGCACGUGUUCAAGGUCUCCGGCUACAGCCUCCUCAAGGGCCUCGGCGUCGGCAAGUUCGUCCGGUCCUCUACCUUCGCCGUCGGCGGCUACGACUGGUGCGUCCGGUACUGCCCCGAAAGCGACGGCUGCAGUGAUAGUGGCUGCAUCGCCGUCUUCCUCGCGCUCAUGACGAAGGAUGUUGAGGUCAGGGCGCUCUUCGACUUCAGGCUCGUGAACCCGGCAACCGGCGGCCUGUCGAGGUCGAUCAGAAUGGAGAGGCCGGCCAUGUUCAACGAUGCAGCUGGGUCCUUGGGCUAUCAAAUGUUCCAGAAGAGGACCGUUCUGGAAGCGUCGGAGUAUCUGCGGGGUGACUGCCUCGUGAUCCAGUGCGAUGUCACUGUUAUCAUGGGGACACCUGUGCCGCAAUCCGAGGCAAUUCAAGCAGUAGUGCCAUCUGAUUCCGAUAUCCAAGCACUGCCCUGUGAAGUGGCUGACUACGUGAUGAUCACGGUGAAGGGGGAGGAAUUCCGUGUCCACAGGCAGCUCAAGGACACUUGCAUUGGGUUUAUCACCUCUUCAGGUAGAAUGGAUGAUGUUGUGGCCACCGAAGGGUAUAAGCGCCUUAAAGUAGCAUGUCCCAAUGUCGUCGAGGAAAUAAGGAAGAAAGCAGCAGAGCCUUCCAAGAAUCGGUAG